CGGGGUGCUUGCGGGGCGCGGGUCACGGGCUGCACUCGUGAGUUGACCGCAGAAGCGCCUUGGCUGGCGGAGCGCGGAGCGCGAAGCUCAGAGGGAGCGGCCCGGGAGCUGGCGCAGGAUUGGCGGAGUCGAGGAGCGUGGCCUCCCAGAUCGGGCGUUUGGAGAGAGUGGCGCCAGGGGCUAGGAGGAGAAAUGCAUGUAUUUUAGGCUGGGUCUCGGAAGAAGAGACAGCAUCCCCGAAAAGUGACUGAAGCUGAGCAGGAAGAGGCCUUAGAGUAUACUUCAAAGCCUAUGCGGUCCUUGGGGAAUCUAGGGACCAGCCGAUGCCAGGGAACAGUGACCUGGAGCACUGAACCCAGGAGACAGGUGGAACGCAAGAGGGUCUUUUUACCGGCAUGGCUUGGAUUGCUCCAGGGCUGCUCCUGAUGGAACAUCGCUGUGCUUUACUCCGGGCAGCAGCUGGGGCUGGACAAGGGGCUGGGUGGUGAGUGACUGGGGGAAGUCUGGCUAAGCCUGAGCAAGACCGCGAGGGCCAAGCCACCGGAAGUGCUUUCCUUCUGGAAGAUGGCUCCUAACACUUCUGCCAUGGAUGAGGCCGGGCUGCCAGUGGAGAGGGACUUCUCCUUUCGCAUCCUCACCGCCUGCUUCCUGUCGCUGCUCAUCCUGUCCACUCUCCUGGGGAAUACCCUGGUUUGUGCCGCUGUCAUCAGGUUUCGACACCUGCGGUCCAAGGUGACCAACUUCUUUGUCAUCUCUUUAGCUGUGUCAGAUCUCUUGGUGGCUGUCUUGGUCAUGCCCUGGAAAGCUGUGGCCGAGAUUGCUGGCUUUUGGCCCUUUGGGUCCUUCUGUAACAUUUGGGUAGCCUUUGACAUCAUGUGUUCCACAGCAUCCAUCCUUAACCUCUGCGUGAUCAGUGUGGACAGGUACUGGGCUAUCUCCAGCCCUUUCCAGUACGAGAGGAAGAUGACCCCCAAGGCAGCCUUCAUCCUGAUCAGUGUAGCAUGGACUUUGUCUGUUCUCAUAUCCUUCAUCCCAGUGCAACUGAGCUGGCACAAGGCAAAACCCACAUGGCCCUUGGAUGGCAAUUUUACUUCCCUGGAAGACGCCGAGGACGACAACUGUGACACAAGACUAAGCAGGACAUAUGCCAUUUCGUCCUCCCUCAUCAGCUUUUACAUCCCUGUAGCCAUUAUGAUCGUCACCUACACCAGUAUCUACAGAAUUGCCCAGAAGCAGAUCCGCCGCAUCGCAGCCUUGGAGAGAGCAGCAGUUCAUGCCAAGAACUGCCAGACCACCACAGGUAACGGAAACCCCGUCGAGUGCUCUCAAUCCGAAAGUUCCUUUAAGAUGUCCUUUAAGAGAGAGACGAAGGUCCUGAAGACGCUGUCUGUGAUCAUGGGGGUGUUCGUGUGCUGCUGGCUCCCUUUCUUCAUUUCCAACUGUAUGGUACCCUUCUGCGGCUCCGAGGAGACCCAGCCAUUCUGCAUUGACUCCAUCACCUUCGACGUAUUUGUGUGGUUUGGGUGGGCGAAUUCCUCCCUGAACCCCAUUAUUUAUGCUUUUAAUGCCGAUUUCCAGAAGGCGUUCUCAACCCUCUUAGGAUGCUACAGACUCUGCCCUACAACGAAUAACGCCAUAGAGACCGUAAGCAUCAACAACAAUGGGGCUGCGAUGUUUUCCAGCCACCACGAGCCCCGAGGCUCCAUCUCCAAGGACUGUAAUCUGGUUUACCUGAUCCCUCAUGCUGUGGGCUCCUCGGAGGACCUGAAGAAGGAGGAGGCUGGUGGAAUGGCUAAGCCACUGGAGAAGCUGUCCCCGGCCUUAUCGGUCAUAUUGGACUAUGACACUGAUGUCUCUCUAGAAAAGAUCCAGCCCAUUACACACAGUGGACAGCAUUCAACCUGAAUAUUGGAUUCUCAUCUCUGAAGCUACGAGUUCCCUAGGGAUGGCUGUUAAGGAAUUAACAGGAGAUCCCUCUGCUGCUUUUGGACAAUUACAAAGCUUCUCAAACUCACUGACUCCAGUGUACUCUCUAGCCACAAGGGAAAUGACUUUGGCUCUGAAAUCAUUUUUGAAGCAUUAUCUUAGAACACUAUAUAUAUUUAAAAAAGGGGGGGCAAAAGUCAACUAUAAACAGCUUCACUUAAAAAUCAAACUUUCCAGGAAGGAAGUGUGAGAGUUGAGUUUGCUGUAUUCAAACAGGUGCUAAAACUGUCCAAGCAGUUUUCAGAUUGUAAAGGUAGGUGCAUGCCUUUGUUAAUUAACUUCUCCAACAAUAAUUGAGCCUUACAGCAAGAGUGCAAUUUCUUUUUUUCCCUCAGAAUUGACAGAUGCAUUGUUGAUAAUGGUUUUAUUUAUUUAUUUAUUUAUUGUAUUAUAUGGAUAUUUUAAAUUUAUCAUAGUGAAUCUAUAUUUAGCUUAUUUAAUAGAACAAACCAAUAUUAAAUCUGAGACUGAACUCUCCAUUGUACUAGCACUUUAUAAGCCAGUGAAACAAACAUGUAGACUCUGGGAUUCUGAAUUGUGAAUUACUUCUGGGAACACAGCAAAGACUCAUCUGGUGGUUCCUUAACUCAGCACAGACACAAAUAAAUGCAAGAUGAGAAGUGACUAACACCACCAAUGCUCUCCCCCUAAAAAUAUUUCAGAAAGAUCUGUUUUUUUUUAUUUUUAUUUUUAUUUUUUAUUUUUAUUUUUAUUUUUAGAAGCUACUACUGUGUUCUGAAUGUUUUAAAUGGCAGAGGCUUUUCCCGGGGUGAAUUUGCACUUCUGUAAAUAUCUAUGUAAAAGCCAGCUCAAGAAGGAUACAACUUUAGAUUUGUCUUUGGAUGACGAGGAAGAGCAUAUGCCACUUUGUAUUUAUGUAAAAUAAUUGACCCUCCCUGUCAUUUCUCAUUUCAUGCUUGAAAUAGCUUUCUGAAAUAAACAAAUGGCUGUCCGGGCUUAGGAUGUGCAGCACAGUGAGCGAGCUGUAAAUGCACAGGACUCGGCAGCCCCUCUGAUAUUUGGGCUCAUCAUCGGCUCUUCAUCUGCCCGGGGCUAACCAAGCCGCCUGCUCACGGGGCUACUUUUGUAGUGCUUUAAUCUGAAUUUAGUAUCCUCUCUUUAAAGAAAAGGUCUUUACUGUUAGUGGUAAACUAGCUAAUGAACCGUACCUCAUCAUCGCAUAAUACAUUUCUGUGGGUGGGAGGAAUAGAAGAGCCCCUUCCCGGUGUGUGUUGACCAUCACAAAGCCAUCAGCAUCACUAGUCACAAAUGCUAAUUUUUUUCCCCCUCUGUGGUUUUGAAUCUAGUUUCCAAGUCAUAGCCUGGACUGCAAAAAGUACCAUUGAGUCCCUGCGGGAGGGGGCAUCGCAACAGUGUUUCUUUUGUGGUUAGAAAUGUUUACAAGGUGUUCUUUGGAAGCAGUUGCAACAUGUGGAGAGAACUGAAGAAAAGAUUGACUGGCUUCCUAACAGUAUCUCCUGCAGAGGUCUGUGUUACAUAUUUUGAAUGUUUUCUCGGCUCUACCGCUUGUAUGCUUUCUUACAUACAAUAAAAUUAUUUUGUGAAUUCAAA